GAGCAGAGAAGUGUCCUUUGGUGACUGUAUCUUCCCUUCUACACAAGCCUGCUUGCCACAUCCAGCAAGAAGAAUGGGGGAAAGCACUGGUGCAGGGUUUCUGAGCCUAAACACGUCAGCCUCGGGGAUACCAGUCACAACAAACCCAAUGGACAAAACCGUGCCUGGAAGCUUCAACAGCAGGACCCUGAUCCCAAACUUGAUGAUCGUCAUCUCAGGACUGGUGGGGCUGACAGGAAACUCCAUCGUCUUCUGGCUCCUGGGCUUCCGCUUGCGCAGAAACGCCUUCUCCGUCUACAUCCUAAACCUGGCUGUGGCUGACUUCCUCUUCCUCCUCUGCCACAUGAUAGACUCCAUUCUGCUUCUCCUCAAGUUUUCCUAUCCCAACAUUAUCUUCCUCCCAUGCUUUAACACCGUCAUGAUGGUUCCCUACAUCGCAGGACUGAGCAUGCUCAGUGCCAUCAGCACCGAGCGCUGCCUGUCUGUCUUGUGCCCAAUCUGGUAUCGCUGCCACCGUCCAAAACACACAUCAACUGUCAUGUGUGCUACGAUCUGGGUCCUGUCCAUAUUGAUCAGUAUUCUGAACCGGUAUUUCUGUGGCUUCUUAGAUACCAAAUAUGAAAAUGACAACCGGUGUCUGGCAUCGAACUUCUUCACUGCUGCGUGCCUGAUAUUUUUGUUUGUGGUCCUCUGCCUGUCCAGCCUGGCCCUGCUGAUCAAGUUGUUCUGUGGCGCUGGCCGGAUAAAGCUCACCAGACUGUAUGCAACCAUCAUGCUCACAGUGCUGGUUUUUCUCCUCUGCGGCUUGCCCUUUGGCAUCCACUGGUUCCUGUUAAUCUGGAUUAAGAUUGAUUAUGGUGUGUUUGCUUAUGGUCUUUAUCUGGCGUCACUGGUCCUGACGGCCAUUAACAGCUGUGCCAACCCCAUCAUUUACUUCUUCGUGGGCUCCUUCAGGCACCAGCUGAAGCACCUGACCCUCAGAACGGUUCUCCAGAGGGCUCUCCAGGACUCCCCUGACACGGGUGAAAAUGGAAGCAGUGUUCCUCAGGACACGGCAGAGAUGUCAAGCAGCAGAGUGGAACCGUGAUGAAGAGCCUCUGCCGGGACCUCAGAGGUGGCUUUGGAGUGACCAACACUCUGCUGUACUUGACAACUUUCUGCUCUCCUCUGAGCCUUCUGACCUCAGUGGUUCACCAACGUCUCCAACAGAUCGUCACUGACUUAGCUUUUCUACUUUUCCUGAGUAAAAGGAUUUAUCUGAAAGUAUCGUGUCUUCAUCCUUCUUGACAUUAAUAAAAUUCUCACUCUAA